CGCACAUGGACUUAUUUUAUGGAAAUUGACGGUUCUCUAUAAACAGUUUCUUCGAAGUUGUUUGUGAUAUAAUCGACACGGAAUUUAAGAUGUUACUUUUGCCGAAGGUCGCGCGGGCGUCUUUGUUACGUACAAGGCACAUGGUGGCACUUACAGAUCCUUUUUGGUCUCAGGCCCGAGGAGUCAUUACUCUUAAGCGAAAAUAUCGAAUACCCCAGGAUCAGAUUAAACAUCCGACCCUGAAACUGCACAGGCCUCGCUUGCGGACAUACGAGCUUGUUGAGGAUACAGAAAGCCUUCCCAAGAAACCACUUAAGCUUGUCCUCAAAGAGUUUGUUGAAGGCGUUGGCUACGCGGGUGACGUUGUCGAAAUAGAAAUGACGUGGGAUAGCAAACCGCGAUACGAAUUACUGCUUACCGGCCUAGCUGAAUAUGCUACCCCUGAAAAUCUGGAAUGGGCUCGUCAAUACCGGGAAAAGAUGGACGUCAAGCGGUUUUCCUCUCUGUUUUCGCCGAGAAUAAUCCGGCUGCUUCGAGAUACCCUUUUCCCGCUAGAUAUGAGCCCAAAAAAUCCUUGGACCGUUGAGAAAUGGCAUGUAAGAAGUGCCCUUCGUGCCGCUGGCGUAAAUCUGCCCGAGGCGGCAAUUACGUUACCAGAAGAACCUAUCGUAGGACCUGAUAAUGCUUUUAAUAAGGACUUCGUAGUGCAGAUCAUGAUUAACGGACAAGACGAGGCUCACUGUCGAUUACGCAUCCGAUCUGCCGAGGAAGGUCUGUCUCCAGCUGCACUUUUUGAAGAAUCAGAAGUACCAUGGUUCAUGGAGGAACCGAUACCGUACCUGGAAUCGCAGAGGAAAAACAUUGAAGAAUUACACCAGGCUGCGGCAAAGGCGUACGAAACAGAACUUCAGAAAUUAAGGGAAGCAGGCCAUGGCAUAUAGAAACAGGUCGUUACAUGUGUGUCAAAACCAAUAUGUCAACAAGCACAAAGAACACAUGACGGUGUUUGUUUGACCACUGAUCUUACGAAUGAAUUUUCCAGUCAUUAAAAGGAGGAUAGGUAGAGGCUUAUUUAAUUAAUAAAUGAUUUCUUUUGUCCUAUA